ACAACGGCCACAGUGAACAAUGAACGCGGUGACCGCCGCCACCUGCCUGCUCGUCGCCGGCUUCAGCUGCUACCUCUACGGCAGCGAUGUGUUGUUAGCGCUGCUCCGUGUCUCUGUUGCAGACCCCUCCAUGCCCGAGCCGGGAGCUGCUCCGCGGCGGAGCCCGCAGGGAGUCCCCUACGCCGACCUGCAGCACAUCGUCAACGCCGACGGACUGCACCUGUUCUGCCGCCACUGGGAGCCCGCCGGCCCGCCAAGGGCUCUGGUGUUUAUUGCCCACGGGGCUGGGGAGCAUUGUGGGCCCUACGAUGAGAUUGCACAGAGACUGAAGGAACUGUCCCUGCUGGUAUUCGCACACGAUCACGUUGGCCAUGGUCAGAGUGAAGGAGACAGGAUGAACAUCAAAGACUUCCAGGUUUACAUCAGAGACUCCCUGCAGCACAUCGACCAGAUGAAAUCCCGCCACCCCGACCUACCCGUCUUCAUCGUGGGUCACUCCAUGGGCGGCGCUAUCUCCAUCCUGACAGCCUGCGAGAGACCCAGUGAUUUUGCUGGAGUGGCUCUGAUAGCACCGAUGGUCCAGAUGAACCCAGACUCAGCCACGCCGUUCAAGGUUUUUCUGGCUAAGGUCCUGAACCACAUGCUACCUAGUCUCACUCUGGGCUCCAUCGAGUCUAAAUGGGUCUCACGGGACACGACACAGGUGGAGGCAUAUGAAGCUGAUGAACUGAAUUUCCACGGCGGGAUACGCGUCUCGUUCGGCAUUCAGCUGAUGGGGGCUGCAGCUCGCAUUGAGAGGGAGAUCCCGUCCAUCAGCUGGCCCUUCCUGCUCCUGCACGGCGACGCUGACAAGCUCUGCGACAUCAGAGGCUCGAAGAUGAUGUACGAGAAUGCUCCGAGCUCAGAUAAGAAAAUCAAGGUCUACGAGGGAGGCUACCACGCCCUUCACCACGACCUCCCAGAGGUGGCCGAGUCCGUGCUGAAGGAGGUGACCAGCUGGAUCACAGAGCGCCUCCCUGCCACGACACCGCCACAACCGCAAGGCUUGUAGACUUGAACCAUGUACAACCCAGUCAGCACUCCAGCGCACCUGCUAACCUCAUCCCAAGCGGCCUGCUCACUUUCCAGUAGUCUUGUCAGGCAAAACAAUACUACUACACUCUCUAGUUUUAGAAAUACACAUAGACUGACAUUAUUUUCUCAGUAUAACAAGAUGACUAACUUUAUGCUAUGGGCAUAUACUAUACAAGAAAGGAUAUACCACCCUCUCCUGUGUACCUAUCAAUCAGCCCACUGAUUUAAAUUGGAUGAUGGGGUCAAAAACCACUUCUUGUUGUAGAUGCUCAGCAGCAGUGGUCAGCAACGAUCAUCUACUUAUUUCAGCCUGCGGGCUAAUCUGGAUACCGUUUCACCAUCUCCAUUAGUCCACGCUCAAGUGCAGCUCAAGAAAAGUAAAGUUUAAGCUACAGUAUGCUGGGGUUUGAAGUGCAAUAAGGACGUUUCCGUCUCCUAAACAUACAGGACAGAUUUUUUUAAAUCAGCAAUGUCACACAUUAUUGCUCUGCCCAGGGACCUUUCCUUUUUGUUCAUCCUCCGUUCCCAGACAGGUCAGAGGUCAGGAUCAGAGAGAAGACAGCACGUCUGGAGUUGCUGUAGGUUCAGUGCAGGUUGAAUGCUUAAUAACUAGCUCCUCACACUGUCUCACUUGCCUUACAGUAUCGGUUUUUACAUAAUGGACAAUGUUGGUGUAUCAGAUUUGACAGCUCAGGAGAAGCUGUCCUCUCAAACUCUCCGUAGUUUUCUCUCCUCUGUACGAUCCAACCUAAGUCCCUCUCCUCUGCCUCUUCUGCCUCCUCCGCGACUGCACUGUUACAAAUCACGUAAAAUACCCAUUGUGAAACAGGCAGCUCUUGUAGAGUCACUUGGAAACUUAUAUUGUGGGCACAAGUGAUUCUGUCGGUAUAUAAGAAAUCCUCUCUACUCUUGACAUUGCAUAUGAAGAUGGGUGAAAUCCAUCUAAAUCCAGCCUAAGGUCUAGUUUCAAAUCUAGUCCUAAUAGUUAUAUUCAUUUAGCAUGUUGUUUUACAAAUUAAGUUAAUUUUCCGAUGGAUCCCUGCAAAAUAUUUCAAGUCUUGCAUAUUUUUACCACCCAUGAAGUGAUAUUUUAUUUAUUUUCUUAUUAUAGCUAAAGGAGAACCCCCCCUUGAUUGAUUUUAAGAUCUUAAUGUUGACUUCAUGGCCUCUCUCCGUGCUAUAUAUCUGACCUCUUACAUACAUAGUACAUAGCCGGAGAUUAUCUACUAGGAGGUCAUUUAUCUGUUCCUGAGGCACAGCUGAAAAGUAGAGGUGACAGAGCAUUCGCAGUCAGAGCCCCGACGCUACGGAACGAGCUUCCUGAGGGAAUCAGGUCAGCACAAUCAGUGACCGCUUUUAAUUCUCUUCUUAAAACAUACAGUACUUUUUAUAAGGGGUUUUCCCGAUUUUAUUGAUUUUUAUUGAUUACUCUUCUGCUGGCGCCACUGUUAUUGGUUUUAUUUGGAAAUUGCUUUAUGAUCUGCUUGUUUUGAAGUUGUUGCCUUGUGUGAUGCACUUUGUAAUGUGGGUGUAGAGACGUUCUCUAUAAAUGAAGAUUAUUAUUAUUAUUUCUAACUACGAUCACCAAUAUUUCUUGGUGAGUAUAGUUAAGGGAAAUUAAGAAGACGCAAACUAGCCUAUUAGAGGGAGGGCACAAUGGUCAAUGGGCCAAAAGGUCUCUCCUCUCUGCGGCCUUUGACCUUUAAGGUCACCAAUGACUUCACUUUUAAGAGUCGCUCUUUGAAACCAUAACUUCAUUAUGCUCAGGCUGCAGACUAGAGUUUUACAAAAGUGAAUCUUCUUUGUUCACAUAGCAUCUGCCAUGUGGAGGACACUUUUAUCCAAACCACCUUAAAGUAAUAUGGCCGCACACAUUUUCUAGCAUUUGGGGCGAGAGUGGGAAUCAUCCGGCCUCUGUUUCAGAACAAUGCCAUAGUCAUCGGAAAAUGGGAUGUUCAACAAAAAUAGAUUGCAGACAAGGAGGGAGUGCAAACAUUCGGCUUCAAAAAUACCAUCGAGGACUGUACCUAAACACCACAGCAAUCUAGUAUAUAUAAUCCAUAUGUUUUUAUGUUAGAAAUAAUCAAGUUUAAAUAAUAGAUACAUGCAGGACAAUUGCUACCAUUGAGGACACUAAGGUGACACUAAAGGUCUAUUUCUUUUUCUGGGAUUACAAUUACAAUUUAAAAACAUAUGCAUGUUGGGUAAUAUAUAGACUGAUGAUUCAGUAUUCAUUAGGAUCAAUAUAUUUAAACUUGACUACUUUUAGUCUUAAUUCCUCAGUAUUUAUUCCUCUAAAUCCAACCUGCAGAAAGAUUGGCUAAAACAGUGAUCAAGCUCACACUGCCCCUUUUUCUCUUUUCUAUGCUCUCAAAGUAUAAACCUGUCAGUUCUCAAAGGGGAAGCAGCAGUGUGCAGUACUUGAGGUCAACCCUGGCAUCAGAUAGGUUUUCAACAAAACCAUAGCAAUAAUGUCAUGGUAGCCUAUAUUGUUGGUAGACAUAAUUAUAAGCUAUACAGACACACACUGAGCUCACCAUUUUAUAUUGCCGGGUAGGCUGUAAUUAGCAGGUAUUGCCACAUGAGCUAAGCUUUUUCCACCUAUUCAUCAAGCAUGAGAAAGUUUCAGCAGCACGAGUCAAGAGUUUCAAAGUUCUUCCGCCCCCAGCAUCGAACGUGGAAAAGGAUCAAACGUUAGUGGCAAUUCAUGCAUAACCUUGGACAUUCAUAUGACUUAAUGUCUCUGUGUGUUGACUUCAGACAUCAUGCAUGUCCUGUAGAAAAAUACAUCCAGCUUGCAGUUCUGGGGAAAAUAUUCUACUGUGUCACACUAGCGUUAUAGGUUUUUCUUCCUUAUCACUCAGAGUUUCGAAGGGGGCUCAUGCAGAGAGUGUAGGGGAGGCACAGUGCGGUAUCCACGGUGACCGUUACUCACGUGUAACCACAGCAGCAGGUUGCCAGCGAGUCCAAAUUUUUUUUAAAUACAUCUUAGAUGUGUGGUAACCAGGGUGAUCACUACAAGACCGAUAGAAUGAGAUGAAUUUCUGGCUUCGUGCCUGCUGCUCUAUCUUUCUUUCAAGCUGUCUAUUCACUCUUGCUCUUUCUUACCCCGUCUCUCCCUGUCUCACCCCGUGUCACCCUGUUUCCCUGCCUGUGGUCGCUUCUUUUUUUAGUUGAUGUGGUGAGCACUGCUCUUUGUUCUGGCCAUCACAGAGCCCCUUGUUUUACUACAGAUUCAAACAUGUUGUACUGUCAGCAACCCACACCGUCCCUAGUGGUCAAUCAUCAGAACAGCAACGGGUUAAAUUACCUGCCACCGAAUGAGCUCAGCUUAAUGCUAUACCUUAAUACAGUGUGGUCCUGGAGAACACCCACUGUAGCAGGCACUACCACACAGGCGGUUACGAGUACGUUGGGCAGUGGUUUAUAUUUCUGUCUGUCCGUAGAUAGACUUUGUCACCGCGAUAGCGUCACAACCGUGCAAGAUGCAGUCACAGAACGUUACAGCUUUGUAGCGGAGAUCAAAUGAUCUUGGUAUUGAGUGAAACUGCUGAGUUGCAUUGUAAAAUGAGAGAUUAAUGGAUUGAGAUCAGCAGGAAAAGUAAGGCAGAUAAGUUUUUAUUGGGCAUUUCCUAAACAAACGCAAAUCAAAGAGCUUCAAAUGAUUGAUAAAAUACAUCAAAUUAGAAAUAAAUCACGAGAUGUUAAAAAUAAAUAAAAUAAUAGAAAGAAAUUUUAAAAGAAACGUACCAAUGAAACAAAGCACAGGAGGGAGUUCAGGAUGUAAUUGCAUCCUCUUCUCUUUUUUCUCAAGUAUAAGAAGACGUUUUGCCAGACCAGAUAUCAGGUAACACUGCCACUGGUGUAGACACAGAUGGAGAUGUAACGUAUUCCUCAGUCCCAGUGGGAAUGAGAUCCUUCACCUCAGCCAGAACUGCGGGGGUUUCUAUUACAAGCACUUCAAACACAAUCUACUCCUGACUGGGCUGCAGCAGGCACAGUACACACAAAGGCUACACAGCCCCAGUUGUAUUCAUACUCACAAUAGCACCCCUGCUGCACUGCGUCAGCACAGUGGAUUUAACUUCGCAGGAUCCUAUGGAACGGUACAUUUCGAAAGCUCUACCUGUCAGAUUACACGAGUGCAUAUUACUUCUAUGGGGGCGGAGAGCGAGGGAGAUGGAUUGAGAGGAGGAGAGAGAGAAAAAGCCAGGAAAGAACCUGUCAGUAACCAUGGUAGCAGCCCCCCCCCCCCAAUUUGGAAAAACUGUAUUUGUUAAUGUCGUAAGAUGUACAGCAGACGUUGCUUCGCUUUCAGGGCUGGUUGUCCAUUUCCUACUUUGAGGAUUCCGUUUUGUGUGAGCACCAAGAUAAGGUAGCAAACAAUUACCGUCAUCAGUUCACAGUGAAUUAUAAGAGCUGAAUUCAAAUCGGGUCUGUCUGCUGUUUGUAUUGAAAACACACCAUUUCCAAUUAAGCAAAGAAGGAUUUCUUUGACAUUUUAAGGCCAGCAUUUUUCUUUUUUUCUAGUAAGUUUGGGUAUUUUUGCCCACAUCUAUUCCUUGUGUUGACUAAAAAGUGAAGGUCUAUGAGUGAAAGUAAGGAGGCCGCCACUUUCACUAUAUUUCAUUCCUACCCACCUGUCUUAAAGGUGUGCAAUUCCUGACACAAUCCUCACAUCUUGUAAAGCCAUGUAAGCCUCCCAUGUCCAUGCCCAUAUCCUUUUCUACUUGCAUGUAUACUUACACAAGCAUGAUUCGUAUGCAGGUUUGCCAUACUGAGAGAUAGCCAUGUACAGAUGCAGUGCUCUGUUAAUAUGUAAUAAUCCACUUGACUGUUAUAUCUUUUUUAUUUAGGUCAGAAGUUCUAUAUUUAGCAAAGGAGAGAUGAUAAUGAGGGCAGGAAACUGCUGAAUCUAAUUGGGCUUUUCUAAUACAGUGAAACUCAAUUGUCCUGUAGGUUUGUCAGUGGGGCUAUUGUUUUUUUUUUUUUCUCUCUCUUUUAAUCUCGACUUUAUGACUGUUUCUAAAAAGAGAGCUGUUAUAUAUGAUGCAGGCCUAAGAGAUUAAAAUGCACCGGAAAGGUUCAAUGCAGAGUUUGCAUGAAUAAAGUCAGUGCUCAAGUGAGCAGCAAGAAUUGAAGAGGUUUUCUCCAAAAUGCUAUAAAUGCUUGAAAAAAUUAACUGUACCUUAAUUUCAUCAUCGUACCUGUACAAUACAGAUGAUCUGGGCUGUUUAAAGUGAAAUAAUUCCCUCCAAUGAAAUCUUACGUUUUCAAAUGGCUGAUAUUGCAUUUUGGAACAAGACCAUAAUUCAGAUCUUGCUGUUCUUUUAUCAACAUAGUUGAUUGAUUUGAUGUAUUUCUCGUUACCAGACUGCUUGAUCAAUGAAUAUAAUUGUAAUACACUGUAUAAUAGCAUAGUAUUGCUAACAACACUUGAUGGAAAUACAAAAAUCAAGAUCUUUUAUUUAUUUUGUCUGGGGUAUUUAUAGGAAUUUAUUUGAAGUGUAGGCUACUAUAUAGUGAUUACGCAUCAUGACAAGGCACUUUUUAUACCGUAAACCAGUCAAUUAUUACUGUUGAUGCUCAGCCACAUGACAAUUCAUAACACUUUUUUGAGAUAGACACUGGUUCAAGGUGUUUGUAAGAUCAACAAUCCCAAAAAUGAAUGUCAAUGUUUCUGAUAUGAUUUUGCACAGAGAGUAUCUUACUACUGUGUGGUUUCUGUCGCUGUUCUGUUCAAAAGCACUCAAGUCGUGGUGCAGUGUGUCAGAGAACCUUGAAUGUUUAAACCAUCUGAUAUUAAAAUGUUUUUAUUUUGUAACAAGAGCUUAACAACCAGGGUUUUAUUGCUACAGGUUUGGGAAAAACCUGUACUUCUUUCCCAAAUUUGCUUGUCAGGAACUUACUUUCACUUUAAUCUUAAAGUAUCUCUUCUUUUAAAAAAAAAAAAAAAAACUAAAAAAAAACUUGAAAUGAAAUGGAUAUGAAUGAGAAACUUAAUGUAGCUGUCUUCAUUCAUAAAACCUUCUAUUGAAACCUUCUCAGAACAAAGACAAUUUGGUCAAAAUAUGUUUGAAGACUAAAUUGCAAGUAUCAGGUUUUCUCCAAACAGCAGCUUGUUUCUGAGGGGAAAAAAAGCCACACAUUUAUUUUUCUGAGAUUUUUAUGGGAAUAAGUAUUGUAUGUAUGUCUAUUUUUGGAUUGUGGUCAAGUGUUGUUUGUGCCUUAUUACUAUGACAAAUGUGUAUCUGAGCAUGUUUGUGUAUGUGUGUGAGUGAGUCCAUGAGUGCGGGUGUGUGCGUUUUGAUAGAGAUGAGCUGCAUUAAGCAGACCUGUUACUCUGGUUUUCUGGCUGUCUGUCGUUACAUCUGUUUCUGUUCCUGGUUCAGUAAUUGUGUCUGUCUGCUUGCCUUUUUCCUGUAAGUCCCUUUCUGUUUAUGUCUUGUCUAUCUGUCUGAAUUUCUGUCCAAUCAGGGGUCUAAACAGAUUUAGGUCAAAUUAAUCUGAAUCUUUCCGUAUAGGCUUAGAUACAGCUCCUAAAUACCUCCCAGCUCCCUUAAACAAUUGUUUUGUUUUAGUCUGCAUAAAAACUCCCACAGUAUCUAGAAGCACAAUACUUUACAUUUAAGACAAUUCUUUUGCCCUGCUUGGGUUGCUAUAAUGGCAAUAUUACUCUAUAACUUGUCCGUGUUUCCCCAUUGGUUUCCCACAGAAAACAACAGGAACAUUUGUACAUUUUUAGAUACUGGGAGGCUUUUGUAAAGGGUGCCCGUACAUUUUGGACUUUCUGAGUCAAUCCAGAGCCGUAGUUGAGAUUAAAUGAAGAGGCAUGAAAUCAACAUGUAGACUAACAUUUUUUUUAGAACAUCCUAUAAAUUCAGUUUUCAAGAUCGGAGCUAUGUUUUAGAUUCCUAUCAAGGAAAAAAAAUAACAGAAUUAAAAUAUUCACAGUUAGCAUCUUUGGCAGAACCGGAGACAAUCUUUAGCAAUGUUUGUCAUUACUUACGCUGUGCAGUUACUGUGUACUUUUGUACACAGUAUAUCCUCAUGAAUAAACAAAUACUUAGUCAUAGUUACUGGUAAAGAUCUUUAUCUUAAAUGUAUGAGAAAUUUUUAAAUACAUUGUCACCUAAGGUUUUCUAAUCAGCUGCAAAGGAAAACUCGGCUAUGUGAUGUAAAACCUAGGAAGACGAAGUGUGAACUGUCAAGAAUAGCAAUGCUCAUCCCAGCAAAAAACAGUAUAAACGUGACGAAGCAAAGAGUGCUCAACGUUCAUUACACCGUGGUAUAGUAACAUAAAUUCAACUCUAACAUGAACAUGCAUUGCCAUACAAUAUCAUUACUCACAGGAUGGGAGUUGGUGUUUUCCGGCAGCAAAUUAUGGACCAUGUAAAGAUAAUGUUAAGGCAUCACAUUCUUAAGUCUUCCUUGUAAGGUUAUGUGUUGUUUGCUUUAGCAGUGUACUGAAUACUGGAUGACGCUUGAUUUGAAUAGUCCAGUGCUGUCACUCAACCAUCAAGUGUCAAAAAGGUAGAUGUUCAAAAAUGUGCUACUUUUGUUUGCUAAAGACGGUGAACCCCAAACUUUAAUUUAAGUCAAAUCCAAAUAUUAAACAUUUUAAAUAAAAAACUCCUCACACUAAUGUCAGAAUCUUCUUAACCCCUGUAGACCUCCGACUAAUUUAUUGUGGUCAUUGCAUACUAAGUUGAGUAGCAGCAUUAGACAAAUUAAUUCAAGCGUGACAAAAAAUUGUAUAUAAAAUGUAUAUACAGUAAAAUGUAAUAAUGGAAAUACAUCUGAAUCACUGAAAAUCAAACUGCUUGUUACUAGAAUGUUCAUAAUGUCCAUACUCUC